ACUCUGUCAGAUCUUUAACUACAAAGAAACACGAUCAGAAAGAAAAACCAUUGGGUAGAAUCCAUCAAUGGAUGAAUAUGUAUAAUAGUUUGUCCGUUUGGCAGACAAUUUACAAUUCAUUUUUGCAGCGAAUUCUGUUCAAAAUUUGAAGCUGAACUGUACACCCUCAAUACUGUUUUUCUUCCUACAAGUUAUGUUCUUCUAUACCCAUUUACCAGAAUAGUUGUAUCUAUCAUGGCCAAACUGAGCACUACAGGAUUUCUUUUAUUGCUUUCUAUGAUGGGUAUGGGGGUUAUUAUCUAUCUGAGACUCUGGAAUGUGGAAAGUGAUCUACACCUCGAGGAAGAUACAAGAGUCGACCGGAUUGUGUUUGAACAGGCACAGAGUGAAGCAUUGGAUGAAGCAGCUGAAUGGAGAAAAAAGUAUGAUGAAGAAGCAGAGAAAUCUAGUGAACAGCAGCAAAAGCUGGUAGAGGUGACUCAGAUCUUGAAAGAAAAAACUAAACAGCUGGAGGAUUUGAAGACACAUGUAACAAAAUUACAGCAGGAAAAUCAUGAAUUAUUGCAAGAUGUCGGGAGAUUGAAACAAGAAUUACAAGAUCAAAAGUUGAAAUUUGAGAAGGCAGGUCUCAAAGCAGCAUGAGCAAGAAGGUAGAACCUUUUCUCUGCAAUACUGAAACCGAGAGUUGGUUACAAUAAAUUUAUUAUUUAAAUAGUUCAGAGGGAAAUUAAACCACUUAAUAAAAAGUGAAAUGGAAGAGAUUCUAUGGGCCAAAAAUCAUUUUAUUUGUACAUACUAUAUAUAACACCAAACAACUGAGGUCCUAUUUUGACUGGAUGUUGGGAUAGAAUUUGCUCCUUCUGCAUGACAUGACUAGAAAUCAUGCAUUCCUUAUGUUACCGGGGAAAAGAUUAAAGAAAUUUGACUUACAAAAUAGAGUUACAGUAAGCAAGUAAUAUGACAUUAAUAAUCAGCCAGACAUGUUUGAGCCAAUAAUGGUCUUUCAUCAUUUAUGGAUGAUGCAGCCAGUCGAGAUGGGGAAAUGCUUAUAUAACUGAUAAUCCUGCACUUAAUGAUCAAGAACAUAGGUGAUAUGCACCUUUUCAAGGAAGGUGAUUCUUGUCAAUGACAUUAAUUUUGCAUGCA